GAAAUGACGGAGCCCAAAGCCCAACCUUUUUUUUUAAAGAAUAAAAAUCCAAGAAUAUGAUAUUAGGAAAUAAAGAAUUAAAGAACUACAGAAAUGGCGAAGUCCUGCAAGGGUCUGGCUACGGAGCUCGUCAAAUGCCUCAGCGAAUCGGAUUGCGUUAAGGUGGAAAACCGGCCAUACAGAGAGUGUGCUAAAGAGAAAAGCCCUAAUGUUUCGAGUGAGUGUGUGGGACUGAGGGAAACGUAUUUCAACUGCAAGAGAGGACAGGCAUGUAUUCCCCCUCUCUCUCUCUCACACACCUUCAUUAUCUCAGUUAGUUGGUUUCCAUGUUAAUGUGGUUUUUUCAUUUGAAAUGGCAGAGGAAUUGGGGGAGUUUAGAUUUGUUUGCUGUGAACGAAGGCUGUUUUAUUUAAGUCUAGUUGAGAAUUAAUUAUACCUCUCUUCCCAGCUGUAUGGUUUAAAUGUGAAGAUACACACAAAUUUAUUAGGCGUUCUUAAAAGAAUUGAGCUCAGAAAAAUUUAAGUAAUAUCAUCUUUUGUUGCUUCAGUAUCUAUUGCAACAUCUAUUUGCACUGGUUUAGCAAAACUAAAUUCAAAUUAAGUACUCCUUAGACAUUUCUUUAUAAAUAAGGACAAAAGCUCAAUGUCCCUCCCUUCUAAUGUAAAACUAUUAUGGAGAUCACAUAUAUGGUUUGGAGUAAAUUGUCCAAUCGCAUGUUAAAUAUUUUGCACCAGUAAACAUAAGGCUUAUUUGUACUGAUUAAUAUUGAGCUAGAGUCAGGACCUAUAUGCUUAAGAGCCUUGUUGUGCAUAGAGGAAUGCGGGUAGAGCGUAGUGGGAAGACAUAGGUCUGGAUAUGGGGUCAAACAUGGUAGAAAGGGGUGUAGAUAGAGCACAAUUAGAGAUCAGGAGAGGGAACUGCCUAUGCUUAAUUGAGCUAGAAAAGAAGGGAUGAAUAAAUUGUACUUUUAGAAGAGAUUGUAGCAUAAAAUGAACUAAA